GUCCCGUUUAACCCCUAGCACCGUGCCCGAGAUUCCCCGCGGAUGACUCACUGACGAGUGGGCCCGCUCUGCGAAACCUCGCAAGCACUAAUCGAGCCGCCUCGGCUGCACUGCACUCGGCGAGAAUAAGACAGCCCCGCACGCAGCUCGAAUCCCGGCACGUGAGCGGCGGAAGAGGGGACGGACGGCCAUGGCUUGCGGCGGGUGCAGCUGCGAGGCGGCGGUGGGGGCGACGGCGUCGGAGGCGUACCUGGAGGGGGAGCCGGUGCGGGAGGCGCGGGAGCUGGUGGCGGAGCUCUGUCGGCACUUCUACGCGCAGGGAUGGGUCACGGGCACCGGCGGCAGCAUCACCGUCAAGGUCAACGACCCCGCCGUGCCGCUCGCCGACCGCCUCAUCGUCAUGUCACCCUCCGGUGUGCAGAAGGAGAGGAUGGUAGCAGAGGACAUGUAUGUGAUGGCUGCAGAUGGAAAAGUGCUUUCUGCGCCAGUAGCAAAGCCAUGGCCAAACAAGCCUCCAAAGUGUACGGACUGUGCUCCUCUGUUCAUGAAGGCGUAUCUGAUGAGAGGAGCUGGGGCUGUCAUUCACAGCCAUGGAAUGGAGACUUGCAUUGCAACAAUGCUCAACCCUGGUGCAAAGGAGUUCAGGAUGACCCACAUGGAAAUGAUCAAAGGAAUCAAAGGUCAUGGCUACCGUGAUGAAUUGGUCAUUCCUAUUGUUGAGAAUACUCCUUAUGAGUAUGAGCUCACCGACUCCCUAAGUGAGGCGAUUGCAGCAUACCCAAAGGCAACUGCUGUGCUUGUAAGGAACCACGGAAUAUAUGUAUGGGGUGACUCUUGGAUCAAUGCCAAGACACAGGCUGAAUGCUAUCAUUACCUUUUAGAUGCUUGCAUCAAGCUCUAUCAGCUGGGUAUUGAUUGGACAACUCCUGAGCAUGGUCCAAUAAACAAUGCAAAGAGACAGCGCAGCAUUUUGAGCUCUGAAAUUCCUAAUGGAUGUCGUGCUGCUGAUUCAUCAAAGUGUGUUGUACUAGAUAUUGAGGGGACAACCACUCCAAUAUCAUUCGUGACUGAUGUUAUGUUCCCUUAUGCCCGUGAUAAUGUACGAGAACAUCUGACUUCUACGUUUGAUUCUGAGGAAACUAAAGACGACAUCAAACUAUUGCGCAUCCAAAUUGAAGAUGAUUUACGAAAUGGGAUUUCUGGGGCUGUUCCAGUUCCACCCGAUGAGGCUGGCAAAGAAGAGGUUAUCAAUUCAUUGGUUGCCAAUGUUGAAUCGAUGAUUAAAGCAGACCGGAAGAUCACACCAUUGAAACAACUUCAGGGUCAUAUUUGGAGGACUGGAUUUGAAAAGAAAGAACUACAGGGAGUUGUCUUUGAGGAUGUGCCUGUGGCGCUAAAGAACUGGCAUUCUAGUGGCAUAAAGGUCUACAUAUACUCAAGUGGAAGUAGAGAAGCACAAAGGCUGCUAUUUGGCAAUACAACAUAUGGUGACCUGCGAAAGUUCCUGUGUGGGUAUUUUGAUACCACCACUGGAAACAAAAGAGAAACAAGGAGUUAUUUUGAGGUCUCUCAAUCACUUGGGGUGGACAGUCCAUCUCAAAUCUUAUUUAUCACCGAUGUUUUCCAAGAAGCUGUUGCAGCAAAAAACACUGGUUUUGAGGUGAUAAUCUCCAUUCGCCCAGGAAAUGCUCCACUUCCUGACAAUCAUGGUUUCCGCACUAUCAAAUCAUUCAGUGAGAUCUGAGGAAUAUGGUGAUCUGCACAUGUCUGGAUAUAUGUAAUAAGCAGGUGCUUCCUGGGUUAUAAUAUUAGCCCGCGGACCAGUUCAUGCAGUGGUAACAGUAUAACGCCGCAGCAUGGCAUGUAAUACUAAGUUGGAAUGGCGAAAUAAAAACUUUGGUCCGUUGUAUAAUUGUAGCUAAGCUGCAACCGGAGAGUUUGCAUUUCCUUGUUCAUCGUCUGUAGGUUGUGACUGUGAUCAUUUUUAUUAGUUACUAUACGUUUCUGCCUC